GACGGCGACCACGCUACCAGGCACUGACGCCGUGAACUAGUUAGUCAUAGCCCCCCCCCUGAAAUCCCAGUCUCCCAAGUCCCAACCAAGGAGCCUUGUGCCCAUCCCAUCCGUCGUCGUCUGGACAUGCAGGGAGGUGUGAGCUGCGUCGGCGGGCGGCUGGGCCUGACCAUCGACCCGGCUGGCGACGGGGAGGCCCCCGCGGAGCGCGUGGGGCGGUUGGUCCGCGAGAGCCCCGUGGUGAUCUUCGCCUGGCGCGGGUGCUGCAUGUGCCACGUGAUGCGGCAGCUGCUGGCGGCCGUGGGCGCGCACGCGACGGUGAUCGAGCUGGAGGAGGCCGCCGAGGAGGCCGCGGCGUCGGCCGCCGCCGCCGCCGCCGUGCCGGCGCUGUUCGUGGGCGGCGCGCCCGUGGGCGGGCUGGACGGGCUCAUGGGGCUCCACCUCAGCGGCCUCCUAGUCCCGCGGCUCCGGGAGGUCGGCGCGCUCUGCGGCUAGGCCGGGCCGGGGCGGCGUCGUCACUUGCUGGUGGUCUGGUCUCUCUGUCGAUACACGGGUACGGUACGUUACGUUACGUAAUUUAGGGGAAGCUGAGGGGGGUUGGAGCGAAAUGGCCGUGUGACGUUUGUAUACAGACGUCGUUGCUAGUUCUGUCUGUGCUUUGCUUUGCUGUGUGGCGCUGGGGCCGGGUGAGGUGGUUGGCUAAAGUUGAAGACCUAUGUGAGAAAUGCCUGGGUGUAACUGUAAUUAAUACGUUUGUCCUGCACGAGUUUGUUAA